AUGGCUGCCAGCAUUUAUCAUCGUUCCAGGGAUCUUCCUUGGUCAAUUCUUGCUGCCAAUGUGUCCUCUGGUCGUCCCCAUGACACUGCUUUGCCCGCUCCUGUUCUUUCGCCUCAACGGAAAUUGUUUGCUCAAGCUCUACAGAAUGUUUGUGACGUUCCGGUAGGUAACUUCCAUAAACCGUGCUUAAAAGGAAAGAGGUUAUCUAUUAAAAUACUAGAGGAUUCUUACAAAGCAGGUUUGGAUAGAUGCAAGAACAAUCUCCAUGGCCGUUUAAUCAUGGCUAAGGGAGAUAAGCCUUUGCGUUUACAUGAAAUUCGCGCGAAGCUCAUCAAAGCUUGGGCUCCGGUAGAUAAAUGGCAAAUCACUCCGUUGGGGAAGGGCUUUUAUGAGUUUUAUUUUCAAAAUUGUGAAGAUCUCAAUCGGGUUUGGAGCAUCGGAACAUGGAAUCUUAAGCCGGGUUUGUUACGUCUGUCUGCUUGGUCCAAUGACUUCAAACCUGAAAACCUGAAGGUUACUAAUGCUCAAAUUUGGAUUCGUAUUUAUGGCCUGCCACAAGAAUAUUGGAUGCCUACGACUCUUUUUUCCAUUGCAUUUGGAAUAGGUACACCUCUUUCUUUGGAUGAAGCAACUAAACAGCGCACCAUGGGUCACUUUGCACGCAUUUUGGUUGAUGUUAAUCUUGCUGAGGAGCUGCAUUAUCGUAUUCUUGUAGAAAGGGAAGGCUAUGCCUUCUUUGUUGACAUAGAUUAUGAAAACUUGCCAUAUUUUUGUGAACACUGUUGCUGCAUUGGCCAUUCUAUUGACAAGUGCAGAAACGUUAACAGCAAGGCAAAGGACCAAAAGAAAAGUGUGGAGAAGGUUGUUCCUAACAAACCUAAUCCAAAAUUUGUCCCGAAGCAGAAAAAUAAGAUCAAUGAACCUGUCCAGGACAAUGAGAAAAUAAAUGAAGAAGUCUCUGAUUAUGAAUCUUUACAUCCCGAAUCUGAUCAAGAGAAUGCGGAAGUGGUGAAAGACACUUUUGAAGAACCUAUAAUGAAUAAGGAGAUGCGUGCAGAUAAUGGAAAUCAUGCUGACAUGAUUGUGAAGCAUGCAGCAAAUGACAAAAAUGUGGAUGUCACUGUGGAUCAUGCACAACAUCAUGAAAUUCCGAAUCCUCGGAUAGUAGAGCAAACAAGUGACAUUCCAGUUGUUCAUGAGAGAGACCGCCACUUAGAUAAGAAUCCAUCAUCAUGGGCAGAUGAAGUUGUCGAUUCACAUGAUGAAGGAGGGGAAUACACUGUUGUGACCUCAAAGAAAGAGGCAUUGGAAAGUGGAAACCUUGACACAAGGUUAGUCUUAAAAAAUUUAUGCUUAAAGCAUAAACCGAAUAUUAUUUUUAUAUUUGAACCUAUGAUAUCUUAUGCUCAAUUUCCUGGUGAUUUUUUGAGACCUCUCAAUCUUAAAAGAUUUGCUCUCAACUUCAGAAGACACGGUAUUCCUAAUCUUUGGGGGUUUUGUGACCUCAAUAUUGAUCCCUUGGUGCUUCAGUUGUCAGAACAACACGUGGCUUUCUCUCUUACUUUUGAUCAACAAACAUGUUAUAUUGCUGCAAUCUAUGCUAGUACCUCCCAUGUGAAUAGGAGAAAACUAUGGUUGGAGCUUAAUUCCCUUCAAUCUCGUUUUGUUGGCCCCUGGUGCAUGAUUGGUGAUUUUAAUGCUGUUUUAGGUGCUCAUGAAAAAUAUGGCAGAUGUCUACCUAAUAAAACUUCUUGUGAUGAAUUCUCUAAUUGGACCAAUUCUAAUCAUCUUAUUCAUCUUGAUACUCUCGGUAAACAGUUCACUUGGGCCAAUGCUAGGAGAGGUCCUGCUUAUGCUGCUCUUCGUUUGGAUAGAGUCAUUUGCAACUCUAUGUGGAUUGACACUUGGAAUUUUGUCUCUUGUUGUACUCUUCGUAAGGUUCAAUCUGAUCAUCACCCUCUUCUUUUUAAUUUUGAUUCUGAUGUUCAAACUUUUCCAUCUUCAUUUAAGUUUCAAAGUAUGUGGAUGUCUAAUGAUGAUUGUAAGCGUGUUAUAUCUGAGCUUUGGAAAAAAGAUGUUGUUGGUUGUCCAAUGUUUAUUUUGCAAGCAAAAUUGAAAUUUUUGAAACCUAUUCUUAAAUCUUGGAAUAAAGAUGUUUUUGGUGAUGCGAAUACCAAAGUGUCAAAUGCUGUUGCUAAGGUUGAUUCUAUUCAACAAAUUAUUAAUGAUUCUGGUUACACGGAUGCUUUAGGUGAUGAAGAAAAACUUGCUCAAGUUAGUCCUAAUGAUGCUUUAAGAGUGCAGGAACAUUUUUGGAGAGAUAAGUCCAGGUCCAAGUGGUUUGUUGAGGGGGAUAGAAACACUGGUUAUUUUCAUAAGCUCACUAAAAUAAGGCAUAUAUCAAAUAGAAUGAUUAGACUCAAGGCAGGGGAUAAUUACAUUGAGGACAUUAAUGAUAUUGAACAUCAUGUGUUAAAUUUUUACAAAGAAUUAUUUGCUAGUAACAAUAAUUGUGCUCCUACUAAUAUUAUUGAGCGCACUAUACCUCAUCUUAUUACUGUUGCAGAUAAUGAUAUGAUGACCAAAAUUCCUUCUUUUGAAGAAGUUAAGCAAGCUGUUUUUAAUAUGGAUGGUUCUUCUUCUCCCGGCCCUGAUGGUUUUGGCGGAUGUUUUUUUCAAAAUUAUUGGGAUAUUGUUGGCAGUGAUGUUGUGGCCUCGGUCACUCAAUUCUUUAGUCAAGGUUGGAUUUUACCCAAUCUGAAUUCAAGUCAUGUGGCUCUUGUUCCUAAGUUUCCAGGUGCGGAUACUAUUGAAAAUUUUAGACCAAUCGCGGUGGCAAAUUUUCAAUUCAAAAUUAUUACAAAAAUUUUGGCUGACAGACUUGCGGUGAUUGCUCCUAAAAUUGUUUCAGAACAUCAAAGAGGGUUUGUACAAGGAAGACAUAUUUAUGAAUGCAUUUGUAUAGCCUCCGAGGCCAUUAACAUGUUGGACAAAAAAUCUUUCGGUGGUAAUAUGGCUAUGAAAAUAGACAUUAAAAAGGCUUUUGAUACUUUAGAUUGGAGUUUCCUUCUCAAAAGGAGUCAGACAAGGGGACCCCUUAUCCCCUCUUCUUUUUUGUAUUGCAGAAGAAGUGUUGAGCAGACAUCUUUCUCUUCUUGUCCAAUACUUUAUGGAGGCUCUAUUAGUCCUACCAGAUUAAAUACUUUGUCCAAUACUCUUGGAUUUUCUUUGGGUUCAUUACCUUUUGACUAUCUUGGAGUUCCUAUCUUUAAAGGGAAGCCUAAAAAAAUUCAUCUUGAGGCUUUAGCAGAUAGAGUCAAAUCUAAACUUGCUUCUUGGAAGGGUCAUUCUUUGUCUAUGAUGGGAAGAGUUCAACUGGUUAAUUUUGUGAUUCAUGGCAUGUUGACUUAUAGAUUCAAGGUCUAUUCCUGGCCUAAAGGUUUGAUUAAGCAGAUGGAUCGUAGUAUUAGAAAUUUUAUUUGGUCUGGUAGUGUAGAUAAGAAGAAAUUGGUCACUCUAUCUUGGGACAAAGUUUGUACUCCUACUUCAGCUGGUGGUCUUGGCCCUUGGGUUGAGAAAACUAAAAGACAUGAACAAAGCUGCCCCAUAAAUCAUGCAAUUUCAUCAUCUAUUUGGUCAAGUUUGAAAAAUGUUUUACAUUUGGUUCGUGAUCAUAGUAUUUGGCAAAUUGGUAAUGAUUUAUCUACUUCAUUUUGGAAUGAUAAUUGGCUUGGUUACAAAUUAAAAGACUUAAUUUUGGAGCCACUUCCUAAUCCUAUUUCGCAUCUGGUGAAUGCCAAAGUUGCAGAAGUCGUUCAUAAUCAAGUUUGGGCUUUACCUGAAAUUUUUAAACAACAAUUUCCUACUAUUACUUGCGAUAUUCAUGCUCUUUCUCUCCCAUCCACACCGGAACCAGGCGAAUUAGUUUGGGAAGAUUCUAUCUCUGGAGAAUUGACUUUUAAACUUGCAUAUUCUUGUGAUAUGCAGCCCCCUCAAUGUAUAGGUUGGACCAAGUUCAUCUGGAAACUUUUUAUUCCUCCUUCUAGAUCUUUAGUUGCUUGGAGAAUUAUGCACCAUGUUAUUGCCACUGAUGAUAACUUGAUCAAAAGAGGCCUCACGAUUGUUUCUUGUUGCAGUCUUUGUGGCAGUAGUUACGAAACUAUUACUCAUUUGUUCUUGCGCCGCCCCUUUAUAAUGCAGUAUUGGAACUGGUUAUCUUCUUUGCUAGGCAUGCCUCUUGAUCUCUCAAAUUUUGAUUCCCUUCUUGGCAUGUGUAACAAAGGUUGGAGUACUCAAUUACAUGAUCUCAUUAUUGCAGCCAUUGUCAAUAUUUUGUGGAAGCAUUUUGGUGUUGAUUGUCAUCCUCCCCCUCCGCCAUCUAUUAAACAAGUCAAUUGGAUCAUGCCUCCUAGUUUUUGGGUGAAGUGCAAUACUGAUGGAGCCUCUAGAGGUUCUCCAGGUAUUUCUUCUUGUGGUGGCAUCUUUAGAGACCAUCUUGGUACUUUUUUAGGUGCAUUUUCAGCUAACAUUGGUGUUGCAACCUCUCUUUAUGCUGAAAUUUGCGCUGCAAUUUAUGCUAUUGAAUUUGCUUCUGCUAAAGAAUGGACCCGUCUUUGGCUUGAAUGUGACUCUAUCCUCUUAGUUCAAGCUUUCACUAAUGUGAAUGUGGUCCCUUGGAAGCUGAAGGUUAAAUGGAAAAAUUGUCUUCAUAUCGUUAGAAAUUUUCGUUUUAGAUUUUCUCAUAUUUAUAGAGAAGGAAAUACUUGUGCAGACAGAUUAGCUAAUGCGGGUUUUUUUGUUGAUGGGUUAGUCUGGUGGGAUCAAUUACCAAGUUGCUCUAGAGAGAGUUUCUUUAGAGAUAGAGUUGGUUUGUCUAAUUAUCGCUUUCGCUAA